GAGGCGAGGGGUCUGCACUUCAAGUGGUAGCGCUUAAGCGCAGAUCACGAAGCAUAGGCGCUAGAGCGAGCGCUUAGGCGCUAUGAGGCGCGCGUCUUUUUGUUUCCCAAAUCAAUUAAGCCCAAAAAUCGAUCUCAACCCUUCAUCAAUGAUAAAUACAAGGAGGGUUAUGAUGCACUGAAUAAUUUCCCUGAGUGUUUUUCAACCUCUUAGGGUUGAGAUCGAUCGACAACAGCAGCGUUACAGUUACAGCAGACUCAGCGCCUUCGCCUAAGCUUCUUUUUCUCCUUCUCGAGACUCGAUCGAUACACAAAAUCAGGAAUCGAUCUGCUCUCCUCCUUUCAGUAAAGAUGGCUGCUACUGCAUUAAGCAAGAGAAAGGAAGCAAAGUCACAAAAACCUCCACUUAGAAAGAAGCAAAGGAAUGAACCUCCACCUAAAAAGAAGCAAAAAAAUGUAUCUUUCCCCGCCAAAAAUCCAAUAAAGGAUGAUCUUAUUAGUGAUUCUGAUGACACGGAUGAAAUGGUUGAAGAACAUGGCCAAUUGCAUGAAGACCAACAGCAACAAGGAAGCGAUUCAGGUUCUGAGAUGUCUUCUGAUGGGGAUGAUCCGUUGGCCGAUGAUUUUCUCCUAGGAAGUGACGACAGAAGUGGAGAUGGAGAGAAAGGUUCUGAUUUGGAUUCUGAUUCUGAUGAGUCUGAUAUUGAGGUAAAGGCAAGAGCCGAUGAGGAAGAAAAGGUGAGAGAAGAAGAAGAUGCACUGGAAGAGUUGAAACUGAACAUUAAAGAAGAACCGGAUGAAUUCAGAUUGCUAACAAAGGAGGAACUUGAAGAAGAGGCAAAUCGCCCUCCUGAUCUCCAAAGUCUUCAAAGGAGGAUAAAAGAAAUUGUUCGGGUGCUUUCAAAUUUCAAGUCUCUAAGGCAAGAGGGGGCAACACGAAAGGAUUAUGUCGAGCAACUUACAAUGGAUUUAGGUUCAUACUAUGGUUACAAUGAUUUCCUGAUUGGGGCAUUGGUGGAGAUGUUUCCAGUUAACGAACUUAUGGAACUUAUUGAAGCUUUUGAGAAGCCUCGUCCAAUAUGUCUCAGAACCAACACCUUAAAGGCUCGCAGAAGGGAUUUGGCUGGUGUUCUGUUGAACAGAGGUGUAAACUUGGAUCCAUUAAGCAAAUGGUCAAAAGUAGGACUGGUUGUUUAUGAUUCACAAGUUCCUAUUGGUGCCACGCCAGAAUAUAUGGCCGGUUAUUACAUGUUGCAAAGCGCUAGCUCAUUCUUGCCUGUGAUGGCUCUUGCUCCUCAAGAGAAGGAAAGGAUAGUUGAUAUGGCCGCUGCUCCUGGGGGUAAAACGACCUACAUUUCUGCUAUUAUGAAAAACAGUGGUAUAGUUUAUGCAAAUGAAAUGAAGGAAUCAAGACUCAAGUCACUUACUGCAAAUUUGCAGCGAAUGGGUGUAACAAACACCAUAGUUUGCAACUAUGAUGGAAGAGAGCUGCCCAAGGCUUUGGGUCAGAACACAGUUGAUAGGGUUUUGUUAGAUGCCCCAUGUAGCGGAACUGGGGUCAUAUCUAAAGAUGAGUCUGUCAAAACCUCUAAAACCUUGGAGGACAUACACAAGUGUGCCCACUUGCAGAAGGAGCUGCUGCUUGCUGCCAUUGACAUGGUGGAUGCCAACUCAAAAUCUGGGGGAUACAUUGUUUACUCCACGUGCUCAAUAAUGAUUCCUGAGAACGAAGCAGUCAUAGAUUAUGCUCUCAGGAAGAGGGAUGUAAAACUCGUGCCAUGUGGCCUUGACUUUGGACGCCCUGGGUUUGUUCGCUUUAGAGAAAACCGUUUUCAUCCUACCUUAGAGAAGACACGACGUUUCUAUCCCCAUGUACAGAACAUGGAUGGUUUUUUUGUGGCUAAGUUGAAGAAAAUGAGCAAUUCCAAGCUGACUCCAACAGCUCCUGAACCAUCAGCAACAGUAGAACAAGGUUCCGAGCCAAUUGAUAGCGUUGACGUUAAUUCUGAUGAAGGAAAAUUUCAAAGGCGUUCGAGUAAAGAAAGCAUUACAACAGAAAGCACGAAAAUCACCAUAACAGUAAGUAAAGAAAGCGAUAUGAAGAAGAGUAAAGAAAGUGGGAAAUUGCAGAAUGGUUUUCCAGAAAAGGGGAAGCACAUGCCCAAAUUCACUGCUAAAUAUUGGAAGGAAAGGAAACAACAACGCCUUUCUAGAGAGGAAAUUGCAAAAGCUAGGGAGGAGAAGAGGCAAACUUUGAGGGAAGACAAGAAAAAAGCUGAGGGGAAAAAGAGGGCUGCAAAGGAGAGUGGUGGAAAUGUCAAAUGAUCCGUUUGGGGCAUGCGACGUGGAACAGUUGAUGACUAAUUCCUCAAGAGAUGUUUUUUGUGGAGCCACUGUUAAGCACCUACUUCGGUAAGUCGAAUGAGGAUUUGAGAGCUACAUAAGCUCCUGCACGGCUAUCAUCGUUUGUACUGAGGAAUGAAAUGAACACCUCUGAAGUGCAGCCAUUCUCUAUGGCUCUGGAUUUUGCUACUUUGACAUUAUCUCUGACAGCUUGCAGUGUUUCGAUGUAAUGCUAUGAUAUACUGAUUUGUCUUGGUAAGGUCAUAAAGGCCUAAAAGUUUUGUUUUUUUAUGUUUCUGCAAGUCUAAUUAUGCUAAGAAAUUGUUGUAAACUUUAUCAAAUCAGGCUUUUAUCGUUUGCCUUUGUUUUGAAUUUUGAGUGUUUGUUCU